GCCGGCGCGGCAGGAUGGCGGUUCCCGGCCGGCGGUGAGGGCGCGGCGAGUCGAGCGGAGCGCAGCGGGGUGAAGCAGCAGCAGCAGGAGCAGGAGCGGCGGCGGCGCGCGGGCCGCCAUGUCGAGCGGGGCGCCGGGCAGCUCCGUCUCCGACCCGCAGCACGCGGCGCGGCUGCUGCGGGCGCUGAGCUCCUUCCGGCAGGAGGGCCGCUUCUGCGACGCCAACCUGGUGCUGGACGGGCAGGAGAUCCCGGUGCAGACCAACAUCCUGGCCGCCGCCAGCCCCUACGUGCGGACAAAACUGAACUAUAAUUCUCCCAAGGAUGAUGGAUCCGUGUAUAAAAUUGAACUUGAAGGGAUAUCUGUGGAUACCAUGAAAGAGAUUCUGGACUACAUCUUCAGUGGUCAGAUCAAGCUGAGUGAAGAGACCAUUCAAGAUGUGGUACAAGCUGCUGACCUGUUGCUGCUGACAGACCUUAAAAAGCUCUGUUGCGAGUUUCUGGAGGGUUGCAUCGCUGCUGAGAACUGUAUUGGCAUUCGGGACUUUGCACUACACUACUGUCUACUCCACGUUCACUACCUGGCCUCGGAGUAUCUUGAAACACACUUCCGGGAUGUCAGCAGCACAGAAGAAUUCCUGGAACUCUCUCCUCAGAGACUGAAAGAAGUGCUGUCGUUGGAGAAGUUAAACGUUGGGGAUGAGAAACAUAUUUUUGAAGCGGUCCUUCGGUGGAUUUCCCACGAUCCUGAAUUAAGAAAGGUUCAUAUGAAAGAUGUCAUGUCGGCUGUGUGGGUCACUGGAUUGGACUCUACUUACUUGCGUGAACAGAUGAUGAACGAGCCAUUGGUUCGGGAGAUUGUCAAAGAAUGUAACAACAUUCCACUCACCCCACCCCAGCAAGAAGAGGCAAUGCUUGCUUCUUUUAAACCCCGAGGAUAUUCAGAGUGCAUUGUGACCAUUGGGGGCGAAGAAAGAGUCUCCAGGAAGCCCUCAGCUGUAGUGCGAUGCAUGUGCCCUUUGUAUGAUCGUCACAGACAGUUGUGGAUAGAGCUGGCUCCUAUGAGUACACCAAGGAUAAACCACAGUGUACUUUCUGCAGAGGGAUUCCUGUUUGUCUUGGGAGGUCAAGAUGAAAAUAAAACUACAUUAAAUUCGGGUGAAAAGUUCGACCCAGAUACAAAUACAUGGAGCCCCUUGCCACCCAUGACUGAGGCACGGCACAAUUUUGGCCUGGUCGAGAUCGAUGGGGUGCUGUAUGUUUUGGGAGGUGAGGAUGGAGAACAGGUGCUCACUUCUAUGGAGUCCUAUGACAUUUACAACAGGACAUGGACAAAGCAGCCAGACUUAACCAUGAUUAGGAAGAUCGGUUGCUACGCAGCUAUGAAAAAGAAGAUCUAUGCAAUGGGAGGUGGUUCCUAUGGGAAGCUUUUUGAGUCCGUGGAAUGUUAUGACCCGAGGACUCAGCAGUGGACGGCCAUCUGCCCACUGAAAGAGAGGAGGUUUGGGGCUGUGGCGUGUGGCGUGGCUUCAGAGCUCUACGUCUUUGGCGGAGUAAGAAGCCGCGAGGAUAACCAAACCAGCGAGAUGGUGACGUGCAAAUCUGAAUUCUACCAUGAUGAAUUCAAAAGGUGGAUCUAUCUGAGCGAUCAGAAUUUAUGCAUCCCAGCCAGUUCCUCAUUUGUGUAUGGAGCUGUGCCCAUUGGGGCCAGCAUAUAUGUGAUCGGGGAUCUGGACACAGGUACCAGUUACGAUUACGUUCGAGAAUUCCGAAGAAGCACCGGGACGUGGCACCCUACGAAACCUCUCUUCCCGUCCUACCUUCGCCACACCGGAUGCGCAGCUUUGCGCAUAGCCAAUUGCAAACUCUUCCGCCUCCAACUUCAGCAAGGGUUGCUCCUCUCCCUCCGCGCCCGCGUCCCUUCUCCUUGACCGUCCUUCACGCAAGCAGCCGGGAAGAGCGUUAGAGAAAGUCCCUUGUAAUGAUCUCGCUUUCUAUCACGGAGAAGCAAAACAUCUUGCAGCAGAAAUCUAAACAGUACACUCAGCAUUGGUAUGAUAACCGUUCUAACUUUUCUUUUAAUUGCUCAAAUGCUUUAAAGCCUCGGCCCGUUGCGAGGGGCUCGUUGUGGAAAAACGGGAGUCAGCAAGCGGUCCAGUUAUUUACAGAGGUUGAGCCACGCGGCUGGAGCUGUUCCUUUGCUCCCAACGAAGAAGAAUAGUGUAAAAAGAAAACCUGUGGAAAUGGGGCAGCAACUGCAGGAUGUGUUUUCACCGAGGGGGAAUGGUUGUGAGUAGCAACAUUGUACUAACCUAGAAAAGUAUGGCUGGCACGCAAUACACUGAAUGAAAAUCAAUCUCUGUGAUGCCAAAAGACACUUUUAGCUCCGCUGGGAGGAAAAUGGGCAAGUGAACUUUUAUUUGACAGCUUAACUUUGCAAUUUGGAGGCCUCUGCCUGAAAGGACAGAACGACACGUAAGCCAUUGUUCACACUUUUUUUUUUAUUACUAGGAUUUUUUUUUUUAACAGAAUGGACUAAACUCUAAACCAAGCUAAGUGUUGUACCGGGAACUAAAUGCUAUUACAUAGAUCUUGUAAUAUUUAUGGUGGAUCUCAGGAACGGAUCUCAAAUAACGAGAUGAGUGGUGAUGAAUUUCAGAAGUGCCAUACAUUAUUACGAAUGGGGCAGGUAGCACAUAUUUUGGGUGGGGCUCGGGGAUCGGAAGAGCGAUAACACAAGGAGAAUAUUUCCAAACGUUACGAAUAAAAGAUGCUGCAAGUUUCCGGGAGUAAAAAAAAAAAAAAAAGAUAUAUUCCUAAACGGUUGUGUUACGGAUGAAAAGCAGAAGAACUUUUUUUAAUUUUAAAUCUUCUUUUAAAGUGGGAGAGGGGUCGGUGAAAUUAUUAAUGCAUUUCAGACACUGUCUGGAGAAUUAUAUGGGGAUCAAACGUCGGUGUAAAAAAAUUACCUCUUUCUAAGAAAAUUGUGCUGAAUCUUGUUAAUACUACUACAGUGAAGGUUUUAUUUUUAUUUUCCAUUUUCCAUUUUAUAAGUUUAUUUUUUGGAUCAUAAAUAUUAAUAUUUAAUUAGAAUAUAGAUCAUUUUCUAGGGACAAUACUGUUUACCUUUCUACUUAAGCAUUAUUUUAUUACACUGUUAAUGAAGCUCUAUAAUUUAAAAGCAAAAAAGGGGGGGGGAGGUCACACCAUUGAAAUGUUCCAUGGUCUUGCUCUUCAGAUUCUGGAAUGGCAUUGUUGCAACAUCGUUUUUCGUUGUACAUGUGUGCUCAGUAAUGCAUAUUAUUGGGCCAGAUGUUUACAGCAGGGGUCUUCCAACUUGGCCCUUUUAUGACUUGUGGACUUCAACUCCCAGAAUUCCUCAGCCAGGCAUGCUGGCUGAGGAAUUCUGGGGGUUGAAAUUCACAAGUCAUAAAAGGGCCAAGUUCGAAGACUCCUGGUUUACAGUAAUGUGAAAUUCCAAUGGAAUUUUUCUGUGGAUGUCUUAGAGCACAUCUUGGGGUGCCAGAUGUUCCUGAAAUGCAGCUCCCAUCCUUCAUGGCAGAAGGUUGGGGUCCCCGUUCCUCCACAUUCUGGAGAAGGAACGUUGACCUCCACAUUGUGGACCUUUCUCCACCUGAUCUCAGAAAGUCCAUAUUUUGACAGGCUGUAAUCGGUACAUAACAGUAAAACAAUAAUAUCGAGGGUCAAAAUCAAAUCCUAUGCCCAUUUUAAAGUUUGCUUCUGUGGCGAGACGCGAUCUGCUAUGCAUUCCUUCGUAGGUCUACUCACAGAUCUAUAACCAUUCAAAUUGUUGAGGGCUUGUUUUCACAUCAGAAGCACAUGCUUGUCACGCUCUCCAUGUGUUAGCUUAAUUUUGUUCUUCCUUCAGAAAGUCCAUUCAUGCAAUGUUUAGAGAAAGGAUACACGUUUAGGUCACAGUGGCUGCAAAUAUUGUUCCAAGUUCUGUUUUGGUUUUGUUUUAACGUCAGAAAUAUUUUGGAAGGUUUGAGAAGAUGCAGCUUGGAGCACGCCAUCUUCUAAAGCAGGGGAGUCCAACCUUGGCAACUUUAAGACUCGUGCUGGGGAAUUCUGGGAGUUGAAGUCCACACGUCUUAAAGUUGCCACAGUUGGACUCCCCUAUCCUCAAAGUCUUCUAAUGGUUCUCUGUAUCUUAGUGGAAGAGGGGUCUUUUUCUUCCUAGUCCACUAUUUCCCCUCCUGACAAUCCCCACCCGCUUUGCCUGGCAAUUUAAUGCAAAGGACACUCAUCAAGGCCUUCCUUGAGUUGCUUCUGGCUCUAGUGAUCUAAACAAUUGAAGUAAACAAUACCCCAAUCAAAGAUCUGCCAAGCAAGCUAACAGAAAACAGCCCAACCAAAGAAUCUCUAAGAUCACCCUCACCAACACUUGACAGGUCAAGCCACCAGAAUAUAACUUGAGAUGAUCUUACUUAGUUGGGUCAUGAAACAUCUGCAAGAAAACCACUAAGCUCCAAGAGCACCCAGGACCCCUCGUGUCAACCCUGAGCUGCCAAUAUUCUCUUUUAUCUCUUGAUCUUCUACUAUCCGAAACCUAGAGAACAAUCCAUUUCUUCGUUAAUUGUCUUUUCUUGGGAUUCCUUCCAGUACGGCUCCAUUCCAACGGGAGCAAAAUAAGAAUAAUGGAUUGGAAAGCAUAAAAUAAAUAAGAAAAGGAGACGCAACUUGUCACCUGCUUAGUUUGGUGAAAUGCGCUGAAUGUUGGUGAUCACCCAUGCGGUGUUCUGUCUCCUUUUUAUUGGCAGUUUCUCUUUUUGAACGGGAAAUGUGUGUUUUCAACUCUGCCGUUUUUUAAGGUUUGUUUUUGUUUUUAUUGUCUCCUCUCUGUUGGAAGUCCUCAGCAAAAGCACACUGAUUCCUUUUGACUCAAAUCCCUCUUAUCUUCUCCCUUACAAGCUCUCUCCUAAUUCUUGGUUAGUGAUUGUUGCCUAGGUGUGCCUAUAAAAUGCUAGACCACCAUCUUCAGAAGCAAGACUCCGUACUUUUGAACUGAAGGAUGUUAGGAAGGAUCUUUUCUUGGUUUUCCUUGAGAAUCAAAGGGCUUGGGGUUAAUUUCAUUUCAAGAUAUUAAUGACAAGUUCCUUGCGAACCAAACAAGUAUAGUAAGGAGAUAUGCAAUUACGGUGUUGUUGUUUUUUCUUUCUUUUUCUCUAGAAGCAACUUUUGAGUUUUUGAAUGCGAGGUAAUUUACAAUGCCUAAGCUGCAGUAACGUCACUUAAUAAUAGCAUUGCAUUAAGGGGUAUAGAGGGCUGAUUGGGCAAUUAAAAUAUGACUGACAGUUACUUACGAGAGUAAAUGGCCUCUCAAAACAAAUUGGUGCCUUUCUAGGAACUAAAAAGCUUUUCAUAAAGGAAAUUCUAGUGGAUAAAUACAUUCAGUUAAUAUGAUUCAUUUGCUGGCCUUGGCUAAGAUUUUCAUUCAUAAAAGUUGUGCCGUGAUUCAGUAGGAUUCCCAUCAGCCUGUAGAAUAUUUUCCUGACUUGAAGUCUUGAAGCCAAACUUAGACAUCAAGCCGGUCAAUCUUGCAUCUUAAAAUCAAGUUGCUGCUGCUUCAUUUUUACAUAGCAGGGUUUCAUGAUGAUUUAAAAGGAAGCAAUUUCUCUCCCCCCCCCAUCAGUCCUGGAUCUGUGUUUCUGCUGGGGAGAAGUAAUUCAAGAAGAAAAGCACGAAAGAAGGUUUUCCCUCCCAAUAUUAUUGUAUACAUGUUUGCUGUGUUUAUUUUUAGUCUUUAAAAGUCCUGGUUUUUUGGGAGGGGGGGUGUUGGUUCUUUUUUUAAAAAAAAAAGUUCCAUUGUGUUUAGCUCAGAAUAUUAUUCCCACAUCCUGAAAUUUUGCAAGUAGUCAUAUGCCUAGGCUACCGCUAGUAGCAUGGAUAGCGGCUGUUCGUUUUGUUUUUUUCUCAGAGUGUAUUAUGAUUCACAUAUUUUACAACACAAGUCACAACUAUUUGUCCGCCUUUGGCAAAUUGCAUUUUAGAGUUUGGGAAGAUUAACCAGGCAUAUUGAAAUUGGCUCUGAAUGUCUGGUUUACGAUAGUCAAACAUUCAUUUUGUUUUUUAAAAACAAGCAUUAACGGUGGUGACAAAUACACUCCAUUCCUCAUAUUAUGCGUGUUUUAGCUCUGAAUGAUUAAAACAGCAUCCAAAGAUGCAAAUGUGAAGACUUGCUUAUGUAUUGUAUCUUCUCUCUUCCAUAGUUACCUCAAUAGUUUUCAAAAUCACAGAGCUGAUGUCUGUCACACACAAUGCACUACAAAAACUUGCAGCGAGUGCCAACUUUUUGCUGUUCUUUAACACAGGUGCUGCUAAACUCAUCAGUUAAAAUGCAGGGAUUUUACAAUAAUGAGGUCUACCGUAAAAACUGUUUAAAUGACAGCCAUGCAAGUUCUUCUCAUUUGUCUGAAUUUUGACUCUAAAAUGGCUUUGGACAACCUCACUACCUGGGCAGUCCUGUCCCUUUGCGAUAAUAGUGCCAUCCUUGGAAAUGAACCAUGAGUCAAAAUUGUUCCUUUUUAUUUCAACAGGCUCUAGGGCAGGGGUCUUCAAACUUGGCCCUUUUAUGACUUGUGGGCUUCAACUCCCACAUUCUGGGAGUUGAGGUUCAUAAGUCAUAAAAGGGCCAAGUUUGAAGACCCCUGCUCUAGGGCAAGCCAACAGCAUAGGGCUUCGGAAAGAUUGCAUCCACACAUGCACCUAUUCAUACUUGGUAAUGAGUAAUUGGCUGGCCUGGUUCUUAGGAAUUGUAUGCAGUUCCUAUUACAAAUGGUGGCAGAGAACAACAUCCCAGAAUGCCAGCUGUCGAUAUAUAUUGCUUAUUGUAUUAAUCUAUUUUAUUCGAUUAAUAGAUGGUUCAGUCUCAGGCUGAGAAACUCUUUAGCCCUAAGGACACCAGAGUUGUUGAUCAGAUGCAGUUGGUAUGUUAUAACCCACAUGUAUCUUUUAUUAGUUUUCCUGUCUCCGUUUUCACCAUACUUUGAGAGCAUUGUGGCUAAGUUUGGAAAAACUGCAUUUUUCUGAUGUUUCUGCAGUAGUCUUUGAAUGGACAGUAGCCACCUCUCUACCUGUGGAAGGAUAGUUUUGAAGGCCCCUCUGUUGACCCACAACUGAGAAGAUUUUCCUUAGUUUGUCUGUUAUUCUGGUUUUAAAAUCUGAAUUUAUCAAAUUCUGUUCUCAUUUAUGAAGGUCACGAGCAUAUGCUACUGUACAGUAUUCUGAAUGCGAAACUGACGAAACCAAGCUAAUGUUGCUUGUUUUUCUCUUUGUUUUUCCCUGAAUGAUUCUAGUAUCCAUCAGUUAAUUGUUUAUUCCCAAUUUAGCACCUUGAGUUCUUCAUAAUUUCCGCUCAGUUAAACAGUCUAUGAGCUACCAAGUUCUGCUACGGCAGAAUAAGGUGGUAGAGAAUGUUUGAAAUUUCUUUGAGGUUAGGGUUUUUUUGGUUGUAAGUCUUGUCAUUUACUGUAUGAUAAAGAAAAUAAGUUAGAAUUAAUUAAACCACCCCAAGUGCCUAAUAUGACUUGAGUCGAAAAGGUUCCUCAUGUCAGUGGAGAUAAAGAGCUGAAUAUAAAGCAGAUAAAUGUAUUAGAAAUUCUUUUUAAUUGUUAAAGCCCAUGUUUAUCAUUGCCAUCUGCUGCCUAUUGGAUCAGAGAGAAUUGUCUACCAACUAAUGAAAUACGGUAAAAAGUUUGAAAAGAAAGUAGGAAAACAAGAAAUGACCUAUUGACUAUUAUUUUAAUUUGUCCCAGGUCAGCUGGAUGCUAAUUCUAUCCUGCAGUCUUUAGCGUAUAACCCUUUUAGAGAAAGAAAAUUACACAUUAAAUGAUCAGUUGAUUUGAAACUGAUUAUAAAUAUAAAAUAUAGCUUCUAUUUUUAUGUUCUCACUAAAGGUUCACAGCUCACUCUAAGAUGUUUUUUUUUUUUUUUUUUUUUUGCUUUUAAGUAGUUACAAGCUAUAAGUAAUAAUAGGUAUCGGUCCACCACUUGUAAUAUUACUAAUGUUGUGGUAACUAUGCUGUAAGCCUGAGGAUAUAGCUUGAACCAAAAUGGAAAAUCGUGUUGUAAAGAAUGACAUCUUGAUAAAACCAGUUCUCUGUGGAAUUUAAAUUUUCUACAAAGUCCGAAGGACCUAAUUAGUCAGGAAAGUAAAUUUUAGCGAACAGAAAAACAAAAUACAGCAAGGGUUUCGUCUCAGCUAUAACAGUGUAAAUGACCCAUGAGGGUUUUUUUUUUUUUCUUGAAUUUGAACAGUUAACUAUGGCAAAAAAAGAAUGACCCAAAAAAAAAAAUAGCCUGCUGAUUAAAGAGGAAAUUUAUAGCUUUUGCUUUUCAGGACAAGAAUAAUGAUCAGCACGGAUGCAAUGCUAAAUUUCUGCUCACUGUAUUUAGUAUAAUUAGUCGAGUUUUGUUUUACUUGAUCCCAAGAACCUUGAUCUUUUAUUCUUAAAGGUGCUUUUUUUUUACAUAUUAAAUUUUCUCCAUUCAGUUUGAAAAUAUUAGCUGUAGGUUGUUUGAAUAUUAACACUUACUAGCCGGUUGGUUACCAGGUUGCUUCUCCCUCUGUUUUUAGUUGAAGUGGCAUGGCCAGCAGUUAAGGAUUGUAAAAGUUAACACGGAAUUAUAUUUUAUUUUGGCGUCUUUAAUCCUCUUUGUGGUAUCUCCACAUUUCAUUAACUGGCACUUUGGGGUUUUUUUGUUUUGUUUUUUAACCCUGUAAUUUGCUUGCUGUCUUAGCAUCACUUGUUAAAAAACCAAAUUGGAUCCUAUUCCUGUUGUUGUUUUUGUUUGUUUCCAAAGCAAUGGUUUCUGGACUAUAUCACAAAUACUGGUUUGUUCCAUAGGAGAAUGUUUGCUCUUGUGUUUGUCACUACCCAUGAAGGCAUGGGUGCCCUGUGUGUUAUAAUUCAUUGUUGGAAAAUGUGAUUCAACAAUGGGGGGAAAAAAGAAAGUAUUGUUACUAGUCUGGGGUAUAAUUCUAUGUGCACACAUUGUUCUUUAAAUUGGCACCUGUAUAUGUAUAAUUUUUGUCUGUGUGGUGGGGUUUUAAUUGUUGUUUCCUGUUUUCUAGAGGGAGGUUCCCUUCCCCUCUUUUUUUUUUCUUGUUCUCCAGGUUAAGCUUAUUUUGCUUACUUUCCACUCUAAACCUUUUUUGUAUAUAACAAUUCAUUUUUAUAGCUUUUUUAUAUAGCAAUUAUACAGUUAAACUUUGCUUACAGUAUUUAUGAUUCCACAUACUUUUUCUGAAAGAAGAAGAAAUAUUCGCAAUGAUGUUUCUGACAUUUAGUUUUAUUAAUGCAUAAAGAUAUGGCUAUUCUGUCCUGUGUGAAGCUGCUUGGUAAAUUUAGAUACUCCUUUGAAUUCAAAACGCCUGUCUUUGGCUGAGGAAUUCUGGGAACUGAAGUCCACAAGUCUUAAAGUUGUCAAGGCUGUAGACCCCUGCACUACGGAAAGCGAUUGCAAGAAUAUUUAUUCUGCCACAGAGGAGUGAGUCACUGAUCAAUGCCUUUGCAGCUGCCUUGAUGAGCUCACUGUUUGCCUCCACAACUAUGCAACUGGGCACAGGGUGUUGUUCGGGAAAGGUCUACAUAGGUGAGAGGCCAAAGCCUCCGCAUCCUCUCUUGACUCCUUGCGCUAGUUGGCCAACUCUCUAUGCCAGGGGUCUUCAAACUUGGCAACUUAAGACUUGUGGACUUCAACUCUCAGAAUUCUGGGAGUUGAAGUCCACAAGUCUUAAAGUUGCCAAGUUUGAAGACCCCUGCUCUGUGCGCAUACGAAAGCAGUCAGUGGCGCUUGCCUUGUUCCAUUUAUUUCUUGCUGCUUAUUGUCAAACUCCAGCACCUGAUCAAAAGACCCAGUCUUCAAAGGGAGUUAAUUUUUAUUUAUUUAGGCCAGAGGUCUCCCAUUUUGGCAACUUGUGGAUUUCAGUUCCCAGAAACAAAGUCUUAAAGUUGGCAAGUUUGGAGACUCCUGAUUUAAGCUAUCAUGGCCUAAAAGGGUUAAAACUAGUUGGGGGGGGGGGGGAAGAGAGACAGGCUAGUCUUUUUCUGUGUACAAAAAGUUCUGGUCAAUUUGCUUCCUCCAUAACUUUUGGGUCAGUCUUCCAUGCUGUUGGUCAUGUUAACUGGUUUUUCCACAUAGCAGCGGUGAAAUUCAUCCUUCUCUUGUGAUCUCAGUUCUUUCUUACAUUAAAAACUGCAUCUGGAGAAACGUGUACGCAUCUCUGGUUUGUCCAAAUAAAUGGGGGGAGGGGGAUUUGCUGCUUUUGACUAGGUUAUGUCGAUAACUGCUUUUAAUGGGGCUCAAACACACCUGAUGUGAAUUGUGCUCACAGCCAUCUUUUUAGGAAGUGUUGGUUGUUGUUGUUGUUUUAAUUAAACGCGAAAUGGAUUCAGGGCUAGAUUUUAAGCAUUGUAUUGACUUGUUGAGGUGUGGGCCAGGCCAGAAGGUGUAAUUAGGCGUUUCUUAUACUUCCAACAUAACCACAGUGUUUAUUAAUAGAAUCACAAGUAUAUUUAAGGAAACAUACAAUUUUUAUACUUUCUCCAAGGGGCCUUUCUACGGGAAGCACAGAAUAUCGAUUAGCAUGGCGUAGCGGUAUAAUUUCAGAGGAUUUUGUACCUCAGCCUUUAUAUGUGUGUUUUUCAAAAAAUAAUAACGCUCUUCGGCUAGACCCAUGCAGGUAUAAUGGGCGAAAAAAGAAGAGGGGAAACACAACUAUUUUCCAAUGCUGUGAGCUUUGCCUGGAUCUCUGCAUGUUGGGGUCAAGCCCUUCACUCAUCAGUUCUGGAGAAUUAAUAGCAUCGGGCUUCUAGCGUAAGAUGUUGGGAAAGAGAGAUUCAUAGCCUUAGCAAUCUUCAAAAGAAAGCAUUCCUUAUUGUUUGAUCUCUGACUCAUCUUCGUGGGAAUCUACACUUUCCACCCAUUGGAAGUUUUACAGUUGAACUGCUGAAUUUUAGAAGACUUUAUCUCUCCUGUUUGUGUAGUAGUAGUAGUAGAUGUUGUUCUGAUUGUUAUUUUAAUGGCUAACAUGAAAUAUCCAGAAUCAUUAAUGAUAUGGGAAUCAGAAAUAGAAUCAGAAAUAGUACACUAGGUGUUAAAAAAAAUACCACAUAUGCUGUACAUAUCAUCUGUUAAUUUGUGCACAAUUUAAGUGAGUUUGUGAAUUCUACUAGGUACUGAAAUUGGAAGCCAGAUAAUCAGAACAUAGGAAUCAGAUUCAAAUGUGAUUUAAAACACACAGUGCAAAUUUACCUUAAAUUACUUACGCAGUGCCAUGAGAGAGUUCACAGUGCUAAGACCUGUAGAUUGCCAAUAAUAAUAAUAAUAAUAAUAAUAAUAAUAAUACCACCCUUGUAUUCACAGUCUUCUGUAAAACAUACGCAACAUGGUAAGUUGUACUAGACCUCCAAAGUCGCUUUUGCAUUAUAAACUCGGUCAGCUGAAUUUGUUCAAAUGUCAUAUUUUACCUUAAGAGAGCUCAACAUGUACUGUUUUGUCAUUUUGGGGGGGGUUAAUUUUUAUGUUCUAUGUGGUGAGGGUACCCCGAGUCAGUUGGAAUCAGGCAGCACCCAAAAUCAAAUAAAUGAAACCAACUGAUCUGUCUCCAUCCUUUUAAGCCCAUUUAUAACAUCAAACAGAUGUCGCCAAGACAUCAGUCCAAGCUAACUCCUAACCAUGUCAGCAGGAAAUUGUGUUACUUGAAGUGAAUCCUGAGUUGGAAGGUAUGAUACGUCUAUUUUGACUAUCCAUGCUUUCCUAAGAUUCAGGUUGAAGCUUUCCCCAAAUUUUCCAAUCUUUCAUUUUUAAAUUAAAGAUACCCAAGUGUUGGACUUGGGAAACAUCUGUAUACAAAAACGUGUGAAAAUACAUUUCAUCAAACCCGUUGGUAGAAAGCGGCAAUGUUGUUUCCUUCCCUUUUUCUAUUUAUUGUUUAUCCUUUGCACUUUAAGUUUCAAUGUGUGCUAUUCUUGUACAUUUAUUUUUUUUUCUUCCCAUACCUAGAGUAUUUCCCACCUCCAAUCCCCCAUGUGUUUUUUGUGAUUUUUUGUGUUACAGAAACACAGGUCUCUUUGACUCCCAUUUAUGGCAUCUGAACAAAUCAAUAUUUGAUGUGUAGUAUACUUGUUUUUCUGUGUUCUAGCUUUGAGGGAUCCUGAAUCCCUUCCUAGUUUGCAUAGAUUUUGAUUUUUAGGAAUGGUUAAGGAGCUUGUUUGAAUGCCGUGCAUGCUAACUUCUGUGGUUGUAUUUGAAGAAGAAAAAAGGUGCAGUUUGAGUAGCACUUUGUGAUGGACGAAUGAAAACUGAGCUUUGCAAUAAAACAAACGAUAUUACUAUAUAUUAAAUUGUGUUCUCAGUGCUAUGUGUAUUUCUUUUCCAAGUGUUUAAUAAUGGUUGUUAAUUUAAAAGGGGGGGCGAACUCUGAGAAAUCACCUUGAACUUUUAUGUAUUCAUUGGGCAAGCAAUGGCUUAGGGUCCAGCGGCCUCUGUGGACACGUACAAGGUAAUAAAUCUAAGGGCAGUCAAUUGUAUGAUUGACAGCACAGAGGAAAUUGCCUAAUACCAUCUUUCAACUUCACAGGAAGAGUAAAGAUAGACUCUCCUCAGCCACAUAUAUGCUUUCUUUCAUUUCACUUAAAAAAAAUGAAGCUGCGAAACAAAUGGAUAAGCGAAUUGGUCCAAGAAUUUGGAGUUAGAAAUUUCGUACAUUCACCACAUUGAUACCUCCCCAUUGUGAGAAUUAUUGAAGAGAAGAAGUAUCCUCUCUAAUAUAUAUAUGCACUCCAAAGAUAUGAGUCUGUCUUCACUCAUAGAAGAUCAUUGAACUCUUGUGUCCAAAUUGGCCUGUUCAAACUGUCAGAUCACACUCAAUUUAUGUGACUUUAUAGUGCUUUAGAAUACUUUAUCAUGCCUUAAGCCUGCCUGCCUGCCUGUUUUUUUCGUGGAAAAUGUUGCCAGUUUAACAACUCUUUUCUUUUCUCACUGGUGUACUUUUGAAGUUUACAUGUUACAAAACUGAGUACAAAAAUGGUUCUUGGAUUAAGUAGUACUUUGUUUACAUGUUCGAUAUAACGUUGGGUACGUAAAAGGGUGUUUAUGUUUGUUUUAAUUUAAAGCACAUGGAUUGUGCUCUACAGGCUUUGUGGCCACAGUGCAAACUCUGGCAAAAUAUUGUAUUAAGGAUACGUGAAAGUCUGUUAGCUUUUUUUUUUUUUAAUGUAGUUUGAAUUGACCGGGUUUUAUAAAAUGUAAGAAAAAAAAAUAUUGUAUUUUGGUCUGAAAUGUGUGCUGUCAUUUUACUUUGCUGUAUGUAUUGGAGGUUUCUUGAAAACUUGAACUCUUUUAUAGAAGGAUGCAGACCAAAACUGAACUGUCUUACAGAUGGUUAAUGAACUAACCAAAUAAACACUGUAUGGUUGCAUACAUAUGCCA